CAUGAGUGUAUCGCUUACCAAUCCUUCGGAUGCGCAAGUAUCGGCUGGUGACAUUUCCUUAGACGUCCUAUUUGAGAAAGAAAUCGUUGGCACAACCGAGAUUCAAAACAUUACGCUAGCUCGUGGAAAAAACACUUACCAGGCUACUUUCAUAUUCUCACCACAAGGCGAUGGGCCAAUUAAAGCAGGUGCCGACCUUCUUGGUAAUUUCCUAACAAACAAAUCUUCGGCUCUUAUCAUCAAAGGAAAUGGACAAACCACCAACAUUCCAUCUCUAGCUCCUACAUUUUCGUCACUCGUACUCACCCCCACCCUUGAUGGACUUCCCGUUCAAACCGUUAAAAAUAUCACGGUCACUGUGGGUUCGGAUGUGCUUAAGACCAAGCAAGGUUUAGCUAGUUUCCUCAUUGUAAAUCCACUUAAUGCACCUUAUAGUAUCACUGGAAUGGUUGCAAAGGCGUUCCUGAAGGGACAAGAAAUUGGCCUCGUCAAUGUGCCAAAAGUUCCGCCUAUAUUAAUUGCAGCUCAAUCCGAAAAAACCAUUCCUGGUAUUCCGUUCGAGUUUACCAUUAAUGUUGCUCAACUUCCUGGACUGCUCGGAAAAACAAUAGAUAUUGAUCUUGACGCGACGGCUUUUGCCAACCUAGGCGAUUACCAAUCCCAAAUUCAUCUUACAGAAUCCAAUGUUCCAACUACCAUUCAAGGAACAGUCGGAACAACCACAACCACAACAGCUACAAAAUCUUCAUCUCCAUCAUCACCCGCAAGUAAGGGCUCGCCUGCAGCACUCAAGAAACCAUCCACGAACUAA